CCGCCUCCGCGGCGCUAUAAACGGCGGUGCCGGGCACUGCGGAACGGAGUGGUCGAGGCGGUCAGGGGGGUGUAGUGCUGCCGGGAUGGGCAACACCGUCGCCAGGGAGGACUUCGAGUGGGUCUACACGGACCAGCCUCAUGCCGACCGCCGCAAGGAGAUCCUGGCUAAACAUCCAGAGAUAAAAGCAUUGAUGAAGCCAGACUACAACUUGAUCUGGGUGGUUGUGCUGAUGGUUCUUGCGCAGUUGACUGCAUUUUAUCUAGUUAAAGAUUUGGACUGGAAAUGGGUGAUCUUCUGGGCAUAUGUUUUUGGAAGCUGUAUUAGCCACUCCAUGACUCUGGCUAUUCAUGAGAUCUCUCACAAUAGUGCCUUUGGCAACAGCAAAGCAAUGUGGAAUCGAUGGUUUGGAAUAUUUGCCAACCUCCCUCUUGGUCUCCCGUAUUCCAUAUCCUUCAAGAGAUACCACAUGGAUCAUCAUCGUUACUUAGGAGGCGAUGGAAUUGACGUGGACAUCCCUACCAACUUUGAAGGCUGGUUUUUCUGCACCCGUUUCAGGAAGUUCAUAUGGAUUGUUCUUCAGCCUUUUUUCUAUGCGAUUAGACCUCUCUGCAUCAAUCCUAAACCCAUUACUCGACUUGAAAUAAUCAAUUUGUUGGCUCAGCUUUCCUUUGAUGUGGUGAUAUAUUAUUUAUGGGGAGUCAAAUCCACUUUUUACAUGCUUGCUGGUUCAGUACUUGGGCUUGGGUUGCACCCAAUUUCAGGACACUUCAUAGCUGAACAUUACAUGUUUUUAAAAGGACAUGAGACUUAUUCCUACUAUGGGCCACUUAAUUUGCUCACUUUUAAUGUUGGCUAUCACAAUGAACAUCAUGACUUCCCCAAUAUUCCUGGCAAGAGCCUUCCACUGGUGAAGAAAAUAGCAGCUGAAUACUAUGACAACCUGCCACAAUAUAACUCUUGGAUAAAAGUACUGUAUGACUUCGUGAUGGAUGACACAAUCAGCCCAUAUUCACGCAUGAAAAGGCAAUUAAAGGGUGAAGUGAAGCAAGAUUAAGCUUCUGGCAACCAAAAAACUUCGAAAUGUCUGCUUGCUUUAAAGUGGCUGUAUAAGGUCUCUUGCUAAAGAUGUUCACCAGUGUCCUGAAUUAAGAUCUACAGCAACACAGCAAAGCAUCCUUAAGGAUUUUUGUAGCAGACUCCUACCAGCUAUAACAUUCCUCGCAGUCCUCAGAUUCAUUGGUUUAAUGUUUAUAUGUUUGCCUAAGGAUCAGUGUUAUAUGCAUACUGCUAAAUCACUUUGUUACAGAAUUUACUUUGGCAGGUGUUAAAUCUAUAUAAAAAUAUCUCUGACUCAUUUUAAAAGUUCUCAAUGUAGUACACUGCCCACAACAUGCUCUUUAGAUGACUGUAGUGUUAAAAUGCUGUACUUACUGUUAAUUCUAAACCAACAUGAAUUGUUAACUUAAACCUUCUGUUGAACCUGUUUCCUAACAUAUAGGUGGAAGUAACUAAAUUUGCACAGAAAUGUUAAGUCUGCUUUUGUUUAAAUAUGUAGCAUGUCAUUUGAAGGACUGCUUUAAAGUUCUACCUUUUCUACUGAAAGUACCUUGAAGGAGCAAUCUACCAGAACGAAGUUGGCAUCUUCGAGAUGGCUUGUGUAACUUCCUUGUAAAAAGGUGGGGAAUUGCCAACUUCAUGGGUGCCACAUACUGCCUAAGCAGCUUGUGUUAGCAUAUAGCUGGAGCAGCUGGCAUUUAGAAUUGUAUCGUGCAAGCCACUGGGUAACUUAAUAUAACCGAUCGUUUUUUCCAUAUUUGAAAAAUCUUGUUAUAGUUUGGUUUUGUUUCUGAUCUGCUGAAAAAUGAUUAGGCUUUUCCUAGUUGGUUCUGCUGUUACCAUGGUUUUAACUGCUAACUCUUAAUACUUAAACUCAUUUGGAAGUUUGGCUUGUAUGGAAAACUGAAUCAAUUGAAGCAGAUACUGUUCUGGUAAGCGAGGUUAGCUACAACCCCUGACAACUCUACCUAUAAAGCAUAUUAGUCACUUGUGUAA